GAUAUCUCAAAAGACUGAUUUUGUUGGCAUUUCACAUAUUCAUGUCGAGGACGGAACUGCUCUUCCUACUACUUCCAAUCCAAAGAUGGGAAAUUUCGAAAAUGGCCAUCUAGCAUCUCCUGUUGAGAUUUCUUUACCCCCUAUGAACAGAUAUCUCAAAAGACUGAUUUUGUUGGCAUUUCACAUAUUCAUGUCGAGGACGGAAGUGCUCUUCCUACUGCUUCCAAUCCAAAGACUGGAGAUUCUGAAAAUGGACAUUUAGCAUCUUCUACUGAGAUUUCUUUACCCCCAGUAGAUAUCAACGGGGAUUUUUUUGGAUCUAGAAACUGGGUUUCUGAUGGAAAGCAAUCUGAAAAUGUUCAUUCUGCUUCCUUUGAAUCCCAAAGUAAUAACCAUGUGAUGCCACCCAACGGUUUGACUCAGCCCCAUCUUACGAUCGCCACUGUUGCAGCUGGAUCCUCACAAGAUACUUUGGACAGAAUGCAGGAUCAAGAUGCUGCUUCUGUUAGCAGUUCUCGGGAUCUGAUUGGUGGCAAUAUUUCCUCCUCCCCCAAGGUCCAUUAUUCAAAGGCAGGAGAUGCCGAAAAUGGCGUUCAUGUAGCUCAAAUGGAUAAUCAUAGCCUAAGUCGUCUAAAAAUUAUCAGUUCUACUGAUGAAUCCCCAAGAUCUGAUGGUUCUAAACUCUGGAAGCGAAUUGAUCCAAGCAGAAUUCAUAUCGAUACAGCUGCACCUUUCGAUUCAGUUAAACAAGCUGUUUCCAAGUUUGGAGAGGUUGCUGAUUGGAAAGCUCAUAGAAAGCAAGCUGUGGAGAGACGCAAGUUCGUACAACGACACCUCGAUAAAAUGCAACAGGAAAUACCUGAAUACAAGAAACAAUUAGAACAUGUUGAAGAGGCAAAGGUGCAAGUGUUAAAAGAGUUAGAGAGCACAAAGAGACAGAUAGAAGAGCUCAAGCUAAGCCUCUACAAAGCUCAAACUGAAGAGAAUCAAGCUAAACAAGACUCAGAACUGGCCAAGCUCAGGGUUCAGGAGAUAGAACAAGGGAUUGCUGAUGAGGCUAGUGUUGCGGCAAAGGCACAGCUUGAAGUCGCUAAAGCCAGGCAUGCGUAUGCAGUUUCGGAGCUGAAAUCCGUCAACGAAGAGUUGGAAACACUAAGAAAAGAGUAUACUUCUUUGAUCACAGAGAGAGAUAUUGCAGUUCAGAAAGCUGAAGAGACAGAUUCUGCUUCAAAAGAGGUUGAGAAGACGGUGGAAAAUUUGAGUAUUGAGCUGAUCGCCACAAAGGAGGCCUUGGAUUCUGCACGUGCUGCCCAUUUGGAGGCGGAAGAUAAGAAGAUUGGAGCAGUCAUGGCCAGAGAGCAAGAUACUUUCUAUUGGGAGAAGGAAGUAAAGCAGGCCGAAGAGGAGCUCCAGAGUCUCAAUCGGCAAAUCCAGUCAACCAAGGAUUUGAAAUUAAAGCUAGACAACGCUUCAGCUUUGGUAGUUGAUUUAAUAGAAGAAUUAGCUGAUUAUAUGGAAAACAAACAUAAAAGGGAAACAGAUGGAGACUCACACUAUGAUAUACUAGAUGCAGUUGACGCGGCGAAGAAGGAACUUGAAGAGGUGAAGCUCAAAAUCGAGAAAGCGACCACAGAAGUGGAUUCUUUGAAGGUGACUGCUGGUUCAUUAAAAUCAGAGCUUGAAAAGGAAAAGUCUGCUCUUGCCACCCUUGAGCAAAAAGAAGGAAUGGCAUCUGUUGUUGUUGCUUCUCUGGAAGCUGAACUGGACAAGUGUCGCUCGGAAAUAGCCGAGGUCCAGGCAAAGGAAAAAGAGACCAGAGAGAAAAUGGAGGAGCUUCCGGAACAACUUCAGAAAGCAGCACAACAGGCUGAUGAGGCCAAGUCACUUGCUCAAACGGUACGUGAAGAGCUGUGCAAAGAAAAGGAAGAAGCGGAGCAAGCACAGGCUGCUGCAAGUACCAUGUAUAGUAGAUUAGAUGCAGCUCAAAAGGAGAUGCAGGCUGCCAAGGGUUCACAGAAGUUUGCUUUAGCUGCCAUCAAAGCAUUGCGGCAGAGUGAAUCAGCUCGAAGCACCGAUAAUGUUGAUUCACCUGCAGCUGAUGUUAUCCUUUCCAUAGAUGAUUACUAUGAGCUCAGUAGACGUGCACAUGAAGCAGAGGAACAGGCUACCUUGAGAGUGGAAGCUUUCAUUUCUCAGAUUAAGCAAGCUAAGCAAUCGGAGUCGAGAAGCAAGAAAAGGCUUGAAGAAGUAAAGCGAGAGAUGGCUGAAAGAAAGGAAUCACUAAGAUUUGCCAUGGAGAAGGCUGAGAAAGCUAGGAAAGGUAAGUUAGCUACAGAACAGGACUUGAGAAAGUGGAGGACUGAACACGGGAAGCAUAGAAAGGCAUCGGGAUCGAGUAGCGGAGGAAACUUUCCGAUGGCAAGUGUAGACGAAAAGCAAGAAAAUGAUGACUCUGAACCUCUCCUUUCUGCUCCAGACAGUUCUAUAGACUGCCCAAGGGCACAAGUCGAUGUGAACAAAACAGAAACUGAACAACCGUCCUCAGAAGCAAAGGUUGGAAAGAAAAAGAAAAGGGCAUUAUUCCCAAAGAUUUUCAUGUUUUUCUCCAAAAAGAAGUCACCUAAGCCAGGUUCGCAUAGUAAGUGCUGA